GGCGCAAUGUGCCUGGCAGGAGUGGCUGCCUUUCCAAUGGGUUGGGACUCCCCGAGGGUGCAGAACCAGUGUGGUGCCGACGCAGGUGUCUACUACCCCAGCAGCUGUACCGUAGGUUGGGCUACCUACCUCACCCUGGCUGCCAGCAUCGGCCUCCUCCUCUGCACCUGCCUCUCCUCCUUCGCCGCCAAGUCAACCACUACAGAAGACGUAGCAGAGGAAAUCAACAAAGGCAACAACGUUGUCUGUCUCAUAUAACAGACAAAAACUCACCUCUUGCUGGAUCUUGGAGAUUUAAUCUUUGUAUUCUCAUUCCUCAGGAAGAAAGACUACUUUCCAAUUUGGGUAAUGGAGAAGUAUUUAUUAGACUCCUUAGUUCUUUUUUUUUUUUUUUAGCAUUUGGUCUCUGCUUCAGAACGGUAAAAUAAUGUACAAAUGGUUGAUGUUUUUCUCCUUUCUCACGGAAACACAAGCUGUUUCCCUGGUAGCUGGUAUAUCAGAAGCAGAGAAUUAUCUCAUUGCAGGGAAAGCUCUACCAGUGGUCACAACUCAUGUGCCAAAGACUAUAAGGUGUCACAAAUAUUGACACACAAGUAGUUGAAGAGACAGUUACUCAUCCACUUAGUUACUCGUCCACUUAAUUACUCGUCCACUUAGUUACUCGUCCACUUAGUUACUCGUCCGCUUAGUUACUUGUCAACUUAAUUACUCGUCCACUUAGUUACUCGUCCACUUAGAUACUCGUCCACUUAAUUACUCGUCCACUUAGUUACUCGUCCACUUAGUUACUCGUCCACUUAGUUACUUGUCAACUUAAUUACUCGUCCACUUAGUUACUCGUCCACUUAGUUACUCGUCCACUUAGUUACUUGUCAACUUAAUUACUCGUCCACUUAGUUACUCGUCCACUUAGUUACUCGUCCACUUAGUUACUUGUCAACUUAAUUACUCGUCCACUUAGUUACUCGUCCACUUAGUUACUCGUCCACUUAGUUACUUGUCAACUUAAUUACUCGUCCACUUAGUUACUCGUCCACUUAGUUACUCGUCCACUUAGUUACUCGUCCACUUAGUUACUCGUCCACUUAGUUACUUGUCAACUUAAUUACUCGUCCACUUAGUUACUCGUCCACUUAGUUACUCGUCCACUUAGUUACUUGUCAACUUAAUUACUCGUCCACUUAGUUACUCGUCCACUUAGUUACUUGUCAACUUAAUUACUCGUCCACUUUGCAUAUGUUUGAUCCUGCAAUUUUUGUGAAAUACAACUUAAUACUUUUAAUAAAUAUCAAUUAAAUAUUUUUAAAAAUUUUUUUUUUUU